AGUAUGGUUUAAGCUCUGUGAACGAUGGGGUAGCGAGGCCUUCCAGAAAAUAGCAAGUAAAAAUCGGGACAAUAGAAGGAUGCUGAAAAUUAACCACACAACUGGUCGCAAAUCCUUUGUGAGGAUGCUAGAACAAAAGCGUGCUGAAAAUGCAAAUUUGGUGGACUUCUACAAGGAAACCCACUGGUCCAAGAAGAAAGAUAAAUUUGUGACACCUGCUACCGAAGACAUUUAUAAGGAUAUGGUAGGAAAGCUGGAUAAUUUAGAACCAGAUAAACGAACUGACGAAGCAGCAGCAGGUGUAUUCAGAGAGGUACUUGGGCAUCGACCGGGUUAUGCAAGAGGAUUGGGAGAGAUGGUGAUCCCCGAGUCUACAAGAAAACACUCCUUAGCACGAGAGAAAGAGUAUAUAGCUUUGAUUGAAAAACAUAAGAAAGAGGCUGAAGCUUCCAAGAGUGAGAUGGCGUCAAUGAAGGCAAACAUGGAGGUUAUGAUGGAGAAACAAAAUGAAACCGAUCGUAUGUUGAGGGCCAUCUUAGCUGCGAACCCGUCCCUCAUUGAGUCUCUUCGAGAGACUCAGUGAGGAUAUUUUUUGUGGAAAAAUAUGGAAAUUUUUUUUGUGGUAUUUUGUGGUGCAUUUUUGGCCUAAGAUGGUGGAUUGACAAGAUAUAUAUAGAAUAUAUAUCCAAUGGGAGGUUAUAUGCAUAUGUUUUGUGGGAGCAAGCUGGGUUGGGAAAGCAGAUGUAUUGGCCCAAGUUAUAUCC